UGCAUUAAGAGGAGGGGUCUCCCGUACCAAGAUGGCGGCUCUAUUGACGCAUACGUUCCAAUGUACUGCCCUAUACAAGGCGACAUCUAGUGUAGAUAUAUAUGCACCACAUGGAGAAAGAACACGUGGAUGAGGACGAAGAAGAAUCUUACGGGCUCCGAUUGGACAAAACAUCACACCUGACUAGGUCACGUGGUACAACCCGGAACUGUGGCUACAUGAACUCAAGGUAGCGACGCGUUGUGAACGUUAAUAAUAGUAAUAUUAAUAAUAAUAAUCGGUUAUAAACAUACAAUAAAAUGUCAGAGUCGAGUCCUGAGCUUAAUGAUUAUUUAGAGGGUAGAAUUUCCUUCGAGGAGUUCGAGAGACGGAGAGAAGAGCGAAUAAAAACAAAGCGAAAGGUCCAGGAGGAUAAAGGAGACGCCUCUGAUGAGAAUAAUGACGCUGCUCCAAACACAUCCAUGAAGAUCAGCAAAGCAAAACCUCACACAGCUGGAGCAGAAGAAGGAGUCAGCCCGAGUGUUCAUAAAGCCUUCGCCUCCAUGCUCGGGGAGGAGGAGGAGGAGGAGGAGGAGGAGGAAGAGGAGCUGGAAGAUGAAGAGGACGGGGAUUCAGAGUGGAAGGACAUCGGGGAGCACUACGCAGCAGAUGGCGGCGGUGGCGGCGGUGGCGGCAGCGGCGGUGGCGGUAGCGGCGGUGGCGGUAGCGGCGGUGGCGGCGGCGGCAGCAACGAGGUGACCCCGGGGGACGUGUUCGCUCUGGAGAUGGAGCUCAACCGUGAGAACAAGAAGAUGAUGAAGGAAAAGCGAUCGCGCAGUAAACUCCCUCGUGCCCUCCGUGGCCUGAUGGGAGAAGCGAACAUCCGGUACGCUCGUGGAGAGAAGGAUGACGCCAUCCUGAUGUGCAUGGAGAUUAUCCGCCAAGCUCCUCUGGCGUAUGAGCCAUUCUCCACUCUGGCGAUGAUCUAUGAGGAUCAAGGGGAUGCUCAAAAGGCGCUGCAGUUCGGCCUGAUCGCCGCGCACCUCAACCCGAGCGACUGCGACGAGUGGCUGAAGCUGGCUGACAUGUCGCUGGAGCAGGAGAACAUUAAGCAGGCCAUCAUAUGCUACAGCAAAGCGAUUAAAUAUGACCAGACUAACGUUCGAUACCUGUGGGAGCGCUCGAGUCUGUACGAGCAGUUGGGCGAGCACAAGCAGGCCAUGGACGGCUACCGGCGCAUCCUGACCCUGCUGCCCCCUACUGACGGAGAGCACUUCAUGCAGCUGUCACGUGACAUGGCUAAGAGCUACUACGAGAGCAGCGAUUUACCCUCAGCUAUCGGUGUAAUGGAAGAGGCUCUGUCAAGGCAUCCUGAACUCGUCACGCACGAGUGCGUUAACAUGGCAGCCGAGCUCUACAUAGCCAACCACCAGUACUGCAAAGCCUUAGAGGUCUUGCUUACAUUUUGCGGCAUCGUCCUGCAAAGAGAGGCGAACAAGGAAGAAACAGAGACUUGUGAGGAAGUGAAGGAAGAGAGCAUGGAUGUCUCUACGGAAGAAAAAGGUGAGACACGUUUCUAUGAUCUCGACAAACUCGCGUUAGGGUUUCUUGACGAGUUUCAUUAUCCGAACCUGCUCUUUUUACACUCCGUAGGAGACAUUUUGGAGGUGGUGGUGCCUGAUGAUGUUCCUAUAGAUAUCAGGGUGAAGCUCAUGGUGUGUCUGAUCCAUCAACAUGUCUUCAAGCCUUUGAAUCCAAUGGUGAUGUCGAUGAUGGAGCAGAGUCCAGAGGAGUUGGGUGAUCUGUAUCUGGACGUGGCUGAGGCCUUCAUGGACAAGGGCAAAUAUGUUUCUGCCUUGCCACUGCUCGGUGCACUCGUCUGCUCCGAGAGAUACAACCUCGCCGUAGUGUGGCUACGACAUGCAGAGUGUCUGAAGGCUCUUGGCCAUUUAGAGGUGGCUGCUAAGAGCUACAGUAAGGUGGUUGAGAUGGCGCCUCUGCAUCUGGAGGCACGUCUGGCUCUCUCCACCCUGCAGCAGCAGCUGGGUAGACCUGAAUCUGCUCUUGAGGCGCUGGAGCCCAUGUACGACCCUGACACUCUGGCUCAAGACUCCUCUGCAGCCCAGCAGGAGCUAAAGCUGUUGUUGCACCGAUCCACGCUUCUUAGAUCUCAAGGCAGAAUCGACGACUACAUAGACAGUGUGCUGACUAUGCUGUCCAUGCUGCUUAAGGUGGCGAUGGUAAGAGCUCAGGUGUGCCUAAUCGCCAACACCUCUUCGGGCACGAGGCACUUGCGCCUUAUCAGAGUGUCCAAGAACACGCUGUCUGAAAUCGAGGACCAGGAAGCGGCUUACUUAGACGUGACAGGAAAAACCAGCGUGCUGUCUCGGGACGACUGGUGGAAUCUCCUGCUGGGCUGCCUCAGUGUACUGUGCGAGGAGAAACGCUACACCGAGGCAGAACUCCUUGUUGACUCGUCGCUCGAGUUCUACUCUUUCUACGACGACCGCGUCAAACGCAAAGAGCUCGAGUAUCUGGGACUGAGCGCCGCCUUCCUGGACCGCAAUUUCCGAAAAGCGUACGAUUACAUUAGGUUGAUGCUGAUGUUCAGUGUAGACCAAGCUCAGCUGUGGAACAUCUUCAGCCAGGUGACUCUUUACUCACAGGACGGACGCCAUCACCGCUUCUGCCUGCGCCUCAUGCUGAAGAACCCAGAUAACCAUGCGCUAUGCCUGCUCAAUGGUCACACAUCACUCGUCUCCGGGACCUUUAAACACGCCUUGGGUCAGUAUAUGCAGGCGUUCAGGAAUCAGCCGUGUCACCCGUUGCACAGCCUGUGUGUAGGCCUCACCUUCUUUCACAUGGCCUCACAGAAGUUUGUCGCGAAGCGACACCCAUUGGUGCUACAGGGUUUCUCCUUCCUGUGGCGUUACGUGGAGUUCAGAGGUCAUUGUCAGGAGAGUUUAUAUAAUUUAGGUCGUGCUCUGCAUCAGCUCAGUCUGACCCAUUUGGCCAUCCACUACUAUCAGAAAGCCCUCAGCUUACCACCUGUCAAACUGGAGGGCAUUGAGGACGAUCAGGUGGACCUGCGCAGAGAAAUCGCCUUCAAUCUUUCACUUAUAUACCAAGCUAGUGGUAACAAGGAAAUGGCCCGCUAUUACAUACAAACAUAUUGUGUUGUGUGAGUAUGUGUGCGAGUGCACGUGAAAGGGCGAGGGUGUGCGAGUGCGUGAGAAACCUUUUGUAGUAAUGUUUGUAUAAUACUAUUUUCUACUUUAAUAAAGCUAUUUAUUUUUGUUGGUA